GCAACGCAGAAGCAAGAACGUUUGGAUUAUUACGUAAUAAAUCUAAGGUAAAAUUGAAGAAAAUGGGAAAGCACUUUGGUGAGCUUGCUAAGAUUCGAGGAUUAAUUACUUACAAAUUGUCACCUCACGAACAGCGGGCAUACGCUGGUGCUAUCUCCAAUGGAUUACCAAAUAUUUUCCGACGAUUCCGUGAAAGUGUAUUCAGAGUAGCCCCUCCUUUCAUCAUUGGGUACCUGGUGUUUGAAGGGGUUGAACGAGAUCACCAUAGGCGACAGCUUAAGAACCCUGCUGAUUAUGAAAAUGAUCAAUAAAUAUUAUUGUUAUUAGUUAAACAUCAACAUUAUCUAUUUACCUAUGUAAUUUAGUAAAUAAAGUUAUUUCAACAC